GAUUGAUUACAUUUCACAUGAUAGAAAUUGCACAAAAUUGGAAAACAGAGCAUUAUCACACGGGCAUUGUGACUUAAUAAAGCUCUCUCGCAGAAUGGGAAAGGCGAAAAAAGGCAAGAAGAACAUUGCUGCUGAGGACGGCGACAGCGAUGUGGAGACCACUAACAUCGAGGCCGUAAAGCCGGUCAAAGCAAAGGGAAAGAAAAUAGUGGACUCUGAAGAUAGUGAUGAGGAGAAACCAAAAACCAAGGGCAAGCAAAAGAAAUCAAUUGAUGAAGAUGUAAAGGAAGUCACAAAGAACGUUAAAAAUGUUUCAAUUUCGAAUAAAUCUCAUAAGAAGAAGGUUGUUGAUAGUGAAGAUGAGUCGGAAGAUGAGCCAGAGGAAAAACCUAAAAAAGGCAAAAAGAAAGAGAAUAAAAGUGCUUUUUCAUUCUUAGAGGUUGAAGACAGUGGAGAUGAAGUACCUGAGGCACCACCAUCAUCAGAUGAUGAACUAGUGCAAAUACCACAAAAGAAGGGUGGACAGGAGAAGAAAGAACCUGCAGGGAAAAAAGGCAAAAAGGCAAAAAGAAAGAAAGAUGACAGUGAUGAAGAUAUUGAAAAAGUUUUGGCUGAACUUGAAAUGGAAUAUGCUGGUGUAAAAAAAGAACCUACUCCUGCCCCUGAAACAGAAAAACCAGAGGAGACAGUAGAAGAAAAACCUAAACCAGAAAAAAAGAAAAAAGGUAAAAAGGAGGAACCUAAACCUGAAUCUGAGAAAGAAGCUGAAGAAAAAGAUGCUAGUGAUAACGAAAACGAUAUUUCAAUUAAAACUGCUGCACAAAAGAAAAAAGAAAAAAAAGAAAGGGAAAAAUUAAAAAAGCAAGAAUCUAAGAAAAAAGAAAAAGAACAGGAAACAAAAAAGGGUUCAGAAGAUAAACCUAAAGUAGAGAAAGUUGAAAGUAAAACUACAGAGGAGUCUAAAGAAGAUUCAAAGCUACCUUCUGAAGAAAAAGAGGAAAAAUUAGGGGAGGAUGUAGGUGAUACACCAGUUACUGAAGGAAAGAAAAAGAAAAAGGGUAAGAAAGGUGAAGAAGAAAAAGAAGAGAAAGCUAAGAAAGGGCCAACUAAAAAGACAAUAGCGGCUAUGCAAGAAGCAUUGAAAAAAGUGAAAGAAGAGGAAGAACGUUUAAAAAAAGAGGAAGAAGAGAGGAUAAAGCAGGAAGAAGAGAGAGAACAGCAAAGACUAGAAGCAAUUAGAUUAGAAAAGGAACGGAAAGAAAGGAAAAAGCAGAAAGAAAAGGAAAGGAAGGAAAGGCUAAAAGCAGAGGGUAAACUCCUGACCCCCAAGCAAAAAGCGGAGAAAGCUCGAGCGCAAGCUUUAUUAGAGUCACUUAAAGCGCAAGGUGUGGAAAUAGGCAGUGCUGAAAAGAAACCUGUUCGACCAGGAACAAGAGUAAAGCCUAGCAAACUAAAAACUCAAAUGUCACAGGAAGCUCCAGAAACGCCUGUUGAGGAAAAGAAGAUUCAGUUUCAACUUGACAUAAAGGAGGAUCAAAAACCUACCGUUGAAAAACAAGAGCCUGAAAAUGAAUUGGUAAAGGAUUCAUGGGAUGCUGAAUCAUCCGAGGAGGAACCUGAGCCUCCGAAACCGGACCCUGCGACGCCGACGCCCGUUUCUGCUAAAGGGAAAGAAUCCACUGCCCGGCCAAGUAAAGCUAAAGAGGAUGACGAAGAAAGUUCUUCAGAGGAGGAAGAUAGCUCCGAGGACGAAUCAAGUUCAGAAGAAGAUUCUGAAGAUGAUCAGAUGACCGAUGCACAAAAGAAAAGGGAGAUUAUUCUUAAGAGAUUAGAGAAACGUAAAGAAGAGAAUGAAGCUAACAAAACAAAUAACCCAUUACGCGCCGCCGUCGUGUGUGUGUUAGGCCACGUGGACACAGGCAAGACCAAGAUCUUGGACAAACUGCGCCGCACCAACGUGCAGGACGGGGAAGCCGGAGGCAUCACGCAGCAGAUCGGUGCUACUAAUGUCCCCAUUGAGAACAUCAAGGAACAGACUAAACACGUGAAGGGGGUGAACGAAAUUGCGUUCAAGUUACCAGGUCUGCUGAUCAUCGAUACGCCUGGCCACGAGUCCUUCAGCAAUUUGAGGAGCAGAGGUUCUUCACUUUGUGACAUUGCCAUUCUCGUGGUAGAUAUAAUGCAUGGUUUAGAACAGCAGACUAUUGAAUCAAUCAACCUUCUAAAGGCGAAAAAGACACCGUUCUUAGUGGCUUUGAACAAGAUCGAUCGUCUUUAUGACUGGCAGAGCGCUCAACGUAAAGAUAUCAGAGACAUACUCAAGAUGCAGGCGCCUAAUACGCAGCUGGAAUUUGAGAAGCGUUGCAAGGAUGUUGUUCUUCAGUUUUCUGAACAGGGCCUGAACGCCGCGCUGUUCUACGAGAAUCCAGACCCGCGUUCAUACGUUUCGCUGGUUCCUACGUCGGCUGUGACGGGCGAGGGCAUGGGCAAUCUGCUCGCCAUGAUUGUGCAGGCAUGCGAGGGACCGCUGCACAAGAGGCUAGUCUUCUCAAACCAGCUGCAGGCCACCGUGCUCGAGGUGAAGGCAAUCCCGGGCCUGGGCACGACCAUCGACACGAUCCUGAUCAACGGCACGCUGCGCGAGGGAGACACCGUGGUGCUGGCCGGCACCGACGGGCCCAUCGUCACGCAGAUCCGCAGCCUGCUCAUGCCGCAGCCCAUGAAGGAGCUGCGCGUCAAGAACGCAUACAUCGAGCACAAAGAAGUGGUAGCUGCACAAGGAGUAAAGAUUGCCGCCAAGGAGCUGGAGAAAGCCAUAGCCGGACUCAACCUUCUCGUUGCACAAAAGCCUGAUGAGGUUGACGUGCUCAAGGAGGAGGUUGCGCGCGAGCUGAAGUCGGCGCUGUCGUCCAUCAAGCUGUCGGAGCGCGGCGUGUACGUGCAGGCCUCCACUCUGGGCUCCCUCGAGGCGCUGCUGGACUUCCUGCGCGCCAGCAAGAUCCCCUACUCGGCGAUCAGGAUCGGCCCGGUGGUGAAACGCGACGUGAUGAAAGCGUCCGCCAUGUUGGAACACGACUCCCAGUAUGCUACCAUCCUCGCUUUUGAUGUGAAGAUCGAGCGUGACGCUCAAGAAUUAGCAGACAACCUCGGCGUGAAGAUCUUCGCGGCGGACAUUAUCUACCACCUCUUCGAUAAGUUCACUGCGUACCGCGAGGAGCUCAAACAGAAGAAGAGAGACGAGUUCAAACACAUUGCCGUCUUCCCUUGCAAACUUAAGGUGCUGCCGCAGUUCGUGUUCAACUCUCGCGACCCAAUUGUCGCUGGCGUCAUGGUGGAAGCCGGCAUUGUCAAGGAAGGCACGCCUAUUUGUGUACCUAGCAAAGAGUUCGUGGACCUGGGCGUGGUGACGUCCAUCGAGAUCAACCACAAGCAGGUGGAGUCGGCCCGCAAGGGCCAGGAGGUGUGCAUUAAGAUCGAGCCGGUGCCCGGCGAGGCGCCCAAGAUGUUCGGCCGCCACUUCGACGAGACUGAUAUGCUAGUCAGCAAGAUCUCGCGCGCCAGUAUCGACGCGUGCAAAGACUACUUCCGCGACGACCUCGUCAAGACCGAUUGGCAGCUGAUGGUCGAGCUCAAGAAGCUUUUCCAGAUCCUUUAAAUCCCACCUUUGUACUUGUGACCUUUUCAAACUCUCCGGUCUUCAACCGUCUCUGAGAGUCAAGUAUCG